CUCUCAUCCAUCCCCAUCCCCACCGCCGCAAUUCUCCCUACUCACCUUCAUCCAGAUCCACAGAGCGAGAGACAAGGGCCGCCGGAUCAAGAGAUCAAGAAGUUUCCGUCGGAUCUCAUUCACCAUGGUGGUCGCGCUCGGUCCGGGCAGGUUCUACGGCGGCGGCCUGCCUCGCCCCCGCGUCUUCCCGGGCGACCGUGUCGACCCGCCGGCGCCCGUCACCGACGCGCUGCUCUGCUGGGCGCGGGACGCGCACUGGUCCAUGGGUGGGCUCGGCGCCAAGCGCCUCCGCCUGCAGGGCCGCAUCGAGGGCAACCUCAUCAAGCUCCGCCGCACCGCGCGCCGCGACGCCAGGGUCUCCGCCAAGUCCGCCAAGGCCUCCAAGUCCAAGGUCCGCGCCGCGGGGCACGGGCCCGCGCCUGCCACCCUCGACGACGCGCUCGGCUCCGACGACGACGACUCCGAGGACGAGGCGGAGGUCGCGGCCCAGGAGAAGGCGAUGCGGCGCGAGGUGGUGGAUGAUGAUGAGGACUCCGAGUCCGGCGAGUCCGAGGGCGAGGGGGUGCCGCUCGUGACCAUCGCCGCCGCCGCCAAGAGGAAGCGCGCCAGGAAGCUCUCCGACGAGUUCGACCGCAUCGCCGCCGCGCAGCUCGAGGGCGGCGCGAAGAAGAAGCCCAUGGCCGCGGCUCCGGCCAAGGCGUCGCUCAGGAAGAAGGCUGCUGCUUCUGCUGCGGCGGUUCCUGCUCCGGCCGCUGAGGCACCUGCCAAGAAGUCGCUGAAGAGGAAGGCGGUGGCGCCUGCGGCUGGUGCGGAGCCGAGGACGUCACCGAAGAGGAAGGCUCCGGAGGUGCCGGCGGCAAGGAGGACGUCGCCGAGGUCGAAGCACUGAUGGAUAGGUGCUCGUUUCCAUUUGCAAUCCCUGUUCUUGGUUCGUCAGAUUGGUGGGUCUAGCGAUUGAGGUGUGAUCUUGAAGAGGCAGUGUACUGUGUGUUUGUCGAAAUGCUUGAAUGGAAUCUAGUGUCGUGCUUCUUUCUGUA